AUGGAUGCUCUGAACAAAGUGAUGGAUCGUGCGGCGGGCAGAGGUUUCUUGAGAGGAUUCUCAGCUCCGAUUGGGGUGCUCAGUGCCCGAAGAGUCUCACAUUUGCUUUUUGCGGAUGACACACUGGUUUUCUGUGAUACCAAUAUGGAUCAGUUGACCUACCUGAAGCAGGUCCUAUGCAAGGUGGGCUCCCUUCCCACUACUUACCUGGGCCUCCCUUUGGGCGCUUCAUAUAAGGAUACUACGGUUGGGAAUCCAGUGAUCGAGCGGGUUGAAAAAAGAUUAGCAGGGUGGCAGAAACGGAACUUUCUGCGGGAUGCGGCGGAUGGAACUAGAAAGUUUCAUCUAGUGAAUUGGCAGACAGUCACUUUCCCAAAGAAGUGGGGUGGACUUGGAGUGAAAGAUCUUAGGGUAUUUAACAGAGCUUUAAUGGGAAAGUGGCUGUGGAGAUUCGGGGUAAAAGAGCAUGCUCUAUGGAGUAAGGUCAUAGUAAAAAAGUACGAUUCAACGGGAGGGGGUUGGAGGACCAAGGCGAUCACAACACCUUUCGGGUGUGGCAUGUGGAGGAGCAUCAUGAAGAAUUGGGAAGCAUUCAGUGGCAACAUCACUUACAGGGUGGGAGAUGGAAGGAGAAUCAACUUUUGGAAUCAUAGGUGGUGUGGAGAGGAUACUCUAAGGGUCUCCUUCCCCCACGUCUUCAGAGUUUCAAACCAGAAGAAACUGAUGGUCCAACAGAUUCGUAAGGAGCAUGAAGGGGGUUAG